GGACCAACGCUGCGACCAAUACCAAUAAUGUCAAUGGCGGCAAUAAACAUGCAACGACCGCCAUCAAAGGAAAGAUUAUCAAGGCCGAAGAUGAUAUUACUAAAGAAAGGACCAAAACCAAGACCGAACAAACUUCCACCAAAGAAAAGAUCAAUACCGAAGAAACUACUAUAAAAGAGCCUGUCACCACCUGUAAAACUACAACAAAGUUUAGAACAUCAACCAUCUUUACAAAGACGGUCACCAAAAAUCAC